AUGGUUCUAGGAAACCCAACCGGCAACUGGACUUGGCGUGUGUUGGAAACCAAACCGGGGCCUCCGCCGACCCGAAGGGAAGUAGCAGCUUUCAUCCAGCGCUUGGAGGCUCGAAACAUCAGCCUGAAUCUCCCCUCGCAUAUGAUCAACUUGUACCGCAGUUACAACUCGGGAAACUAUACUGGUCUCUCCACUCACGAAAGGCCUGUGUUACCAGAAGUGGACACCGUGCGGAGCCUGGUUGCAAAGAGUUUCCGUCACAAUGGGAGCCGGUGGAUUGUCACCUUUGACAUGUCCACACUUACCCCAAAUGAGAAGCUUCAGUUCGCCGAGUUGAGGAUCUGCUUGCCCGCCUUUGCCGAGUCCUGCUCCCUCUUGGAGAUCCACCACCAGUCUCAAUACCCGAGUGGACCCACCAUCUGCCAAGACCAGCUCGUCUUGGGUUCCUUUCCUCCUGAUUCUGUGCUGGAAGACACGGCGGAGUGUGCCGUUUACAACAUGACCAACAUCCUGCACCACUGGAUGAACCGCAACAAGUUUGGUGCUGUUGGUGGGCAAGGUGGGCUCCAGCGGCCGGGGAGCCUGGUCUGCAAGAGGAAGCGCUCGCUGCCUGAAGCCAACACCAAGGGCAGGCUGGAGACCAAGGAGAUGGCCCUGCUGUUGGUUUUCUCCUGGAGACCCGAGCAGAGUUGCUCAGAUAGCUCUUCGCUUCUCAAAGACGCGAAGGGCUCCAAGCGAGUGCGGAAGCCCCGAAAAAGGAAGAGUCCUCCCAGGUACCGACACGCCCGGCACCACAGUAAGGGAAGCAACCCGACCCCGUGUCGCAGGAUCAAGUUUGAAAUUAAAUUUGGUAAGAUCGGCUGGGGCGCCUGGGUCAUCUUCCCUAAGGUGUACAACGCUUUCCGCUGCGAGGGAGAGUGCCCGAUUCCAACCAGGGAGGAUGCUAAACCCACCAAUCAUGCUUACAUGCAGAGUUUGCUCAAAUUCCAUCAUCCAGCAAUGGUGCCUUCCCCUUGUUGUGUCCCCACAAAGCUGAAUCCAAUGAGCAUGCUGUACAUAGAAAAGGGUGAGGUGGUGUUGCGCCACCAUGAGGACAUGGUGGUACGAGAGUGUGGCUGUCGCUGA